AGACAGGAAAUCAUACACACGCAGCCACAGGAUAUGCAAAAUGAUAUAGAAAGACACACGCACACAGACACACGUCCAGAGCCAUGGGUAGGAGAAGCCUGCUGUCUCUCCUGCUCCUUGUCCUGCUGGUGUUCGGCUACGGCCCUCGCCCCAGCCUAGCCAGGUGCACCGCCACCAACCCCACACAGGUGUACGAAGGAGAGAAGGAGAUUACUACAAAGCAUUCAGAGAGCGGGGAAGCGGUGUAUGUCACGUCCUUCUCCGUGCGGCCAUCGAGUGGUUUCCAAAGUGUCAAUCUAACAGCGACAGCAGAAGCAGAGAUAGAUGGAAGCAAGCAGACUGUCCUAUUCUCUCAUCUCAUCACAGCAGACAAGUGUUUCAAGAAUGACAAGUGGAUGAAAGUGCAUAUGUGGGCGGACUUGGGAAAAGAUCCUACACUUGGGUUUCGCGUUGGGGAUUGCUGGAAGGAAUGCAGGGCCGACUUAGGCACCGCCACGACAGGGAAGCUUACUUUACGGUGGCUUAAUGUCACCACGCGUGGCCGAUCCAAGUGGACCAACGAAGUGUCAGGUAAACGUUGCAUCAAACAACUGGGCCAAGGCCGUCCCUCAAACGUCCCCAAUUGUGGUUCCCAGAUUCUACAGCCCCCCUCGUCAUCCACCCAGACGACUCUACAGCCACCCUCGUCAUCCACCCAGACGACUCUACAGCCCCCCUCAUCUUCCAAACCGCGUACCAACGUGUCUCAGUUCAGAUUGGUGGGGGCGAGCGUGGUGAUGGCGAGCGUGGUGGUGGUGACGGGGGCCAUGCUGGUGCUGAUAGGGGUGUGCUUGAGGAAGAAGAAGAGGAAUGCCACUGACAGCAGCACACAAACGACGGUGAGGGAGCGCACCAACGAGGCACUCAACAACCAGGACGAGGCAGUGGGCUCCUCGGUAAUAGUUUUUAGCCACACCGAAGGCCCGGCUGGCGGAAGAACAGAGAAACUCCUCUUUAAAAACGUAGCCGAAGGAGAGAUGGAAGGCGGCACACAGGACUACGUUUAUGAAAUUCUUUAGUAGCUAGGCAAUGGCAACAGAUUCACAUAGACAUUCAGAUUAGAGGUGCACCGAAACUUGGUUCUGGCCGGUUACUUCCGGCCGGAACCUCAGUUCUUAUAAAGUUCCGGUAUCGGUCGGAUCUAUCAUAAAUUAACCGGCCGGAACCGGAACUUUUAUCUAACACCUAUGUAAGCAGUUGUCACACUGCUUAUAUUUCUCAAAUCUAACUUCUUACAUUCCCUCAUAACCUUGACAUUUCUUUGUUCGUCAUUUAUAUUAUUGUACAAAGCUCAGCUGAAUGACUCAACCCGCGCUGGACGAGUCAGUUGGUGAUGCGUCCAGUACGGCGCCCUCACCCUUGUUACUCAUCAGCAGCUGACGGGGGGGAGAAGACGUUCUCUUGAAUUGAUAAUAAAAAUAAAUUGACAAACAUAAUAAUUCUCUCUCUCUCUCUCUCUCUCUCUCUCUCUCUCUCUCUCUCUCUUUCCUGAAUGUUACCCGGCACCGGAAUCGAACCAGUGCCUCGGCUCAGCUGUC